AUGGAAGCAAGAAUGGCUAUAUUUUUUGCAGCAGCUAUUACACUCGCAGGACUUGGUUUUAUUGUUGGAAAACCGAUUAGACAACUUGAAGUUGAGCCUACACAAGAACCACGGGCUACGGAAUCUGAACUAGUGGUGAGUAAUGAUUCUUUUUCAUUGUGUUAUUAAUUAAGAGCAGAACGAAGAGUAAAGACAAAAUUAAGAAACGCAGCAGUAGUGUGCGAAUUUGCUCCAGGCGUUAGAAGGGGAUAACUUAAACAAUAAAAACUGCCAGAAACCUGCCCAUUUCUAUACUUUGGUUUUUUCUGGGGAAAUUGGUUAAAGUGAAAAGCUUAAAAUUGCACAAUCGUGGCCUUUAAUAAUGCAGCAUUCCUUGUAGCAUUGAUCCAGCUGUGUCAAUGGCUUGCAAAUGUACGCGAUAUUGUUUUCAUAGAAUACCUCCAAGUUUCCUCUUUCUUUCAAAGAAUAUUUACAAUUUAGAGGCGAAGGAUAUUCAAGACGGAUAUUUUUCCUUUCUCGUCUUUUCUAGUAGCUCUUUUUUAUAUCGUGUGAUCUACUACAAUUCAGGAGAUCAGUGGUGACCAUGCAAGCAUAUCUAAUGUCUUUCAGAAGCGCGCGCCUAAUCACGGUGUUUGAAAGUGAUGGGACUAACGCGUAAAAAAUAAAGAUAAUAAAGAAGUGUCCUUCAACCUGUCAAAAUAUAGAAAGCUAACAAUUUUAAUCUUGGAAAAUUCUUCGGUUAUAUCAAUAUCCGGAAAAAGAGGUUAGGUCGUUCGUGACCACAGUGGAUAUGAUGAGAGCAUGCUAUUGUCUCCACACCGUACAGGAAAUUAAUAUCAGUUGUUGACUACUCGUCAUUACAAGGCAUAAAACACGCUUAAAGCAGCAUCGUAAAAAAUAAUCCGUCAUUUUAUGUUAAUUUGCAGGAUUAUCUCAUAAAAUAUGGCUAUCUUAAACAACCGGAUCACAGAAUUGGAAACGCACUUUCGAUGAAGGAAUUACGAGUAGCCAUCAAGAAAUUGCAGCGAAUUGCGGGUUUAAAAGAAACCGGCGAUAUCUCUGACCUCAAAACACUUGCUAUGGUAAAGAAGCCAAGAUGUGGAGUGCAGGACUUUGGUCCAUCCGACAUAGCGCGGAGAAAAAAGAGAUACGCCCUUGAAGGAAGCUACUGGAGAAAAACUGUAAGUAAACCUAUUAGAUAUAACUUGCGCAUGUUGUUGCCAGAAAAGAAGGAAAUAUGUCAGCAAUAUGAAAGAGAGAAGAAGAAAAAAAAAGAAAAAUCAGAUGUGUAAACUAGAAUUCGCCACUUUAGAAACGAGAAGGCCGAGAGGGAGACUGGACCGAGUUAACGUCCGCAAAGACUUCUGGGAUUGCUACUGGGAACAGGGAAAAAAAUUGGCCAAUAGCAAGAGAGAAUGAGAUCAUCCUCUCUUGCUAUUGGCCAAUUAGAUGAUCUGCGCGUCCCAGUAACGAUCCUGGGAACGAGGUUAAGGUUAAACUGGGCAUUAUCCAAAAACAAGCAAAGACACAAUCGGGUUCAUUUUUGAUGAUUCGUUAGUAAAUGAAAAUUGCUUUGAUUUUGCAGGAUCUUACCUACAGAAUUGAAAAAUACUCAAAUGAUCCCGACCUCAAAAAGGAAGACGUGGACAAGACAUUCGAGAAAGCGCUUGAAAUGUGGUCCAGCGUCAGUGGACUGACAUUCAAGCGAGAAAAUGACCUCAAAGUUGAGCCUGACAUCAGAGUCCUAUUUGUAACUGGUUAUCACAACGACUCCAGGCCAGCGGAUGGCCCCGGAGGCGAGCUAGCACAUGCGUUCUUCCCUGGCCCAGAUAACACUGGCCUUAACGGUGAUAUACACUUGGAUGAUGACGAGAAAUUUACUAUCAAUGGAGGCAAUGGGGUGGACCUACUUUGGGUAAUGGCUCAUGAACUGGGGCACAGCCUUGGUCUGGACCACGCCUUUCACCCUCACUCGGUAAUGUUCGCCUUCUAUACGGGACAUAUUCCCGACCUAAAGUUGGACAGUGACGAUAUUGAAGGAAUCCGAAAAAUAUACGGUAGGUUGGAUUAUAAUAAGUUUGGCAGGAGCUGACGUUUGGCUCUUCUCUCUACGAUUAGUAUAAGGAAUGUUUCCCUUGAAUGGCACUUUGAACAAGCCGUACAACACACAUAAAAAAACGGUUGACAUUUUUAUAACAUUAUAUGCUUGAUAAUUUGCCGGGGCUGUCUCAAAAUGCGAGAUGUUUUUACUAUAUUUUUUAUUUUCAUAAUUAAACUCCGUUUGCGAAUGAUGAUCAUCCCUGAGUAGAGAACAGUUGCCACGUGUCGAGUAGUCCAAACAGUCGUCAAUCUAAACAAAAAAAAAGAGAAGAAAAACUUCUGUUUCAAGAGGAUUUUCAUCACCUCUAAAAGUCUGAAAGUCACUAAUUAAAUCGCUAUCGUUUGAUCUACAGGGUUACCUGGAGUUGAAAGAGUUACUCCCUCCCCUCAGCCAACACCUAAGACAUGCAGCCAUGUCAAACCAGAUGCAGUGGUUACAACAGCUGAUAAGAGGACCUAUAUCUUCAGUGGUGCUCACUUUUGGGAAGUAAAAGAUACCGGUGGCGCUGAUGGUCCAUUUGAGAUCAAAGACUACUGGCGAGACUUAGAAGAAAAUAUUGACGCUGCCUAUACAGUACAGGCCUUUGAUCAGACUAUAUUUAUCAAAGGAGACAGGUACGUCCUUUCAAUUUUGUCCUAACUCUUUAACCCCGAAGACUGCUGGAAUAGCAUGUGUAAUUUCCUCAAAACAUGACUAAAGGUUCUUAGAAUUUUCAAGAAAAAAAGAUUAUAUCAGUGAGAACAAAGGUCUGAUAUGUUAACAAAUUAUCCUUCUUAUUACUUUAAAAAUGUAUGAGGAAUGAUGUAAAGAAUUUUCAUACUGAUAUCAAUAAGCUAGGAAGAUAGAUCUUUUCGCAUGAGAACUUUUAAUUUGCCAAGAACUGCAAACCGGGGGAUACUUCCUUAUAUGGCCUAUGCGGGGAUUAACUGUUGGUAUGCUCUUUUUCCUCUCUGCCCUAAACAGGGUAAUUUUGUAUACUUUUUCCCCUACACACCCAAAUAUUGGUCGAUUACCCCCGGCUGCAAUUCAGCAUACUGCUCCUUUGUUCUGCCCGAUUUUUUCCUCUAAAAUUUUGCUUAAGUCAAGAGUAAAGGUUGAACUUGCUUUGCUUAUUAAGUUCUCUGUAUUAUCUUCUAGGUUCUGGGUUUUCAAGAACAAAGAAUUGUUUUUUGGCCCGGCUAACAUCCAACAACUUGGCUUGACGAAGGAACUCGCUAAUAUGGAUGCCGCACUCGAGUGGAAACGAAAUGGCAAAAUAUACUUCUUCAAGGGAUCUAAGUACUGGCGCUACGAUAGAACCCGGAGCAAGCUCGACGAAGGAUAUCCGAGGGACAUUUCCAUUUGGAAAGGAAUUCCGAACAAUAUCAACGCCGUCUUUCAAUGGAAGAAUGGCAGAACUUAUUUCUUUAAGGAUGACAAGUAUUAUGCAUUUAAUGAUUAUCUCGUUAAAGUGUUGGAAGACAGUAACAAUCCUUACCCCCGAGAUGUAGCUUCGUAUUGGAUGGGGUGUAGUAACCCAGAGGUCAACAUUGACCCAGCUGUUGGAGCAGCUUACGGAGUCCUAUCAAAUGUAAUCGUCUUAAUCACAUGUUUCCUCGUCACGUGGUUGUUUUAAAAAUGACUGCUAAGCAAAACGAACCUUUAAGCUAAAAGGGUUUUAAAGAAUAUUAAACACUUGUAUAAAAGUUCGGAUAAAUUAUAAGCGAUUUCAUGUACAGACAACUCAGCUUCAGAUUGUAAUAAUUUAUCUUUAUUUAAAUAUUAUUUAUUGAGAUGUACAUAUAUAUAUGAAAUAAUUGUCAUGAACCGACACAAGAAGUCGGGUCGAAUAAAGGGUCACUGCAGAUGAAUUUCUAAGUCUCUUGUGUCGAAUGUAUGGGUAAACAGGUUCAUGUUAAGGAGAAGAGAUAUUUCUGCUUUAAAAACUGACCUCUUUGAAAACAUAAUUUGAACAAAAAGCUGGACAAUAAUAUUUCACAUGCACGCAAAACAGAGUAUUCUACAUAAUUGAACUCUUCUAUUGUCAAAAUCCUAGGCUGAAAAUUUCUAACUUUCAUAAUAAUAAUAAUAAUAAUAAUAUCGUAUCUUGAGAAACGAAGAACACCAGACAAAAUGUCACUAGAGAUACACUGUGCUUAAAAAGCUUUCAUUCGAAUAGUUUUGUAUCACAUCGGAAGGCUUUGAAACGCUAAAGUUUUGUUGUUUUGUGUUCGAAAACAGACCCUGGGCUGACGUGUAGGAGACAAUAACCCCUUGUAAGAGAGGGGGGGAUACUUAACAAAGUUUUAUAAGGGGGUUCGCCCUGAGGUUCAACCCCUUGCCCUUUCAUAAAAAAGUUUUGACUGAAAAGGUACUCCUUUCGUAUACCUAGUUUAGAACUGUGCACCCCUUUUAACUACUGUCAGGAGCUGUAAACGCACUGUCUUUGAAAUAUGAUUUUCCUUCCCUUCAUAUACUUCAACUAGUGAAAUUCCUAC